UUGCCUACUGUAGGUUCAGAACGACGUCGUCGAAUCUACCGCUGCAACUCACAAGGCAGUAUUUCAAUCGACCUUCCGGGCACCUCAGAUCAAGCAAGCCUAGCUUCGUGCAUGGCCAGCACUCCUAGUUUAUCCAGCUUUGACUCACACGAUUCUAUCAACUGUUCCACAUGCUCUUUUUGCUCUUGGCACUGUAAACUCGGCUAUCCUGUCCGCUUUCCCAGUCAUUGCUCAUUUUCGCACGAAUGUGGCUUGGAUAAUAGAGGACAAGACGGUGAAGACAGCUCUCACUUCUCGAGAUGCAAGUGGAAAAGUCUACCAAGCUUUAAUUUCACUCGACUGAGGCAAGAUAUCAAUCAACGAGGGCGAACUGUAGGCCAUAGGCCUGAAUAUAGAGUUAUACGGAAGUCAAGUGAAAGUCCAACUGGCCGGAUGUGGCCUUUGACUGACCAAUCCAUCUUGAGAUCUGUGGCUCCUGAUCCUGUUGCUGUGACUUAUCCACAGUAUCUUCACACACGUAAUCUUUCCCAUGGCCGACUUCAAGUUGAACAUCUUAGACGUCUUAAUUAUCCUCGCAAUUUACACGCAAAUCAACGAAAUCGCCACGCUCGGCCUCAUAAGGUCAUUAAGCACUCUGAGCUGGAUUUUAGGCGUUGUAAACACCGGUGUCACAGGACCCGAGUUGUCUUUUGCCAGCCUAAAAUCGACCUUGAACACAUGGUUCUGGUACCAUUCAAUCCUUCUGCUUGGCCGGGGCCCCUUGUUUUAAAACCCCAUUCGCCUUCUAAUGUUGCAGUCGAUUUUACGGUUCCGGACUCCCAAGAAUGUUAUCAAUCUCGCCCUAUAGACAAUGAAAAGGCGCUCGGGAAUUCGCAGAAUCCUUGUUCAUCUAGGGCUUCUACCUCGAAUAUGACCAUUACCAAAUGUGCUGCCUCUUGCCAUCAUGAUGAGGCUCAGCCAACUACCGAUUCUCCUACAUUUUCUCAUACCAGUAAAACGCAACGCUAUCGGGUUCCAAAUCUUGUUACAGGCUUACUCAGUAGCUACACGCGUUCUAUUCGCCGGCCCCCCAAGGCUCCUUAUACAACAUCAAUCACUCCCGAUGGAUGCCCUGUUAUGCCUGAUCAGGACUGUCCAUUACAUAGGUUGGCGAUAUCUAGUACUGUUCCCGAAUGUGGAGCAUUGAUUAAAGAUGAAGAGUCUGCAGUCCCUAUCUCCUCUACCAGCUCAACUCCUCUUAGAUUAAGCGACCAAGGUUUUCCAGGCGUGCGCCUCUACUUUCGGGGACGGCGGCAAGUUGUGCGUCCGCGGAUUUUCUCAGGUCUGAAAACCGCCACUUUUGCCAACCACAAAGUCAGAAACGACAGCUGCUGUGGUACUUUUAGUGACGAUGUCAAUGCCAACCGCGACAGCCAAAAGAUGAAAAGUUUGGCAAAGAAUACGAAGACCUUGACUCAAAUGACUAGUGGACGAGUUGCUCGAAGUCGGACUAUAAAACGCAAAUGUAUGCAUUGA